UCUAGUAUUAGAGUGGACAAGGGUAGGGAAUCUGAACGCACGCUUGAAAAAUAAACAUCGUUGUGUAAUAUAAAAAAAUAUUUUGAGGUUAGAAUUCCGGCCUAAUUGCCGUUACGUUAAAAUGUAUUUUAAUACGUCAUCCGAACACGUUCCUGAUUUUUUGGAAUUUGUACUUCGAUAUUUUAGUUGAAAGGGCUAACGAGUAAAGCCUGGAAGCCAAGAAACAAGUUAUGUCUGCCGCAAAAUCCGAAGUAAAAAAUUGGAAGGAACACAACCGUAAGCAGAAAGAGUUACGAAAACAAUGGAAAGAAGAGAAGUUAAUCAAAAAAGCUAGAAAAGCGGAACUAGAGAAGGAAUCAAAGAAUGAGACGAAGGAGCACAUGGAAAAUGUAAAGUAUGUGCGCCCAGAUAUAUGUACAGUGAGUAUAGCGGUACCUGGAUCUAUUCUUGAUAACGCACAAUCACCGGAGCUGCGGACAUAUCUAGCAGGACAGAUCGCGCGUGCUGCAUGCAUUUACAAUGUAGACGAAGUGAUAGUGUUCGAUGAUAAGGGCGAUGUCACGGCGGAUGAAAAAAGAAAAAUCAGGAGGGACGACGUACUUGGCGAAGUCAGAGUUGGGUGUCUCCAGUUAGCCAGAAUAUUGCAAUAUAUGGAGUGCCCACAGUACCUAAGAAAGUAUUUCUUUCCACUCCACAAAGAUCUACAAUAUGCAGGUGUUUUGAAUCCUUUAAAUGCACCGCAUCACUUGAAACAAGAGGAUGAUUUUCCAUAUCGGGAAGGGAUAGUUACAAACAAACCCAUCAAAGUUGGCAAAGGUUCACAGGUGAAUGUAGGACUUCUGAAUGAUAUCUAUGUUGAUAAGAUGCUAACACCUGGAUUAAGAGUGACAGUGAAAAUACCACCUAACCAAACAAAUCCAAAAAAAUUGAAGGGCAUUGUAGUGCCACCCAAUGUACCACGUGCAGAAACUGGUAUAUAUUGGGGAUAUACUGUCAAGUUGGUCAAAAAUCUAACAGAAGUGCUGACCAAUUGUCAAUAUAAAGGUGGAUAUGACUUGACAAUUGGAACAUCUGACAAGGGAACAUUAAUUGAUGAAAUAGGAGCAAAAAGUUUAAAAUAUCAUCACUGUCUCAUAGUAUUUGGAGGUCUUGCUGGAUUAGAAGCAAUAGUGGAUAUGGACCAAAAUUUGAACAUUGACGACCCAUCAUUGAUAUUUCAUACAUAUUUGAAUACAUGUCCUCAGCAAGGGUCGCAGACAAUCAGAACAGAAGAAGCAGUUCUUAUAACUUUAGCUGAAUUAAGAACUAAAUUGGUACCAACAAAGAAAUAACUUCCUAAAGAAACAAUAGCCAAGAUAGAUAAAUACAGAUUAGGUCUGUUCUUUUUAUUUAAACUAGUUUGCAUUUUUUACUUUUAGAACUGAACUUAUAUAUAAUCUAAUGUUGAUGGAGAAAGAAACAAAAUUUUAGCUCAGCAAGUUAAAAGAACAGGUUUAAUGUAUCUUGUUUCUAAAAUCAUGUUAAAUAUUACCAUAUUGUUUAAAAAAUACAUGAAUCUUUCUAAAUAUACAUUUUUUUAAGUUAA